AUGGCCGAAGCGAUCGCGAUUCUAGGGGCCUUAUCUAGCUGCUUACAAGUAAUUGACUUCUCCGCCAAACUGGUGCGCGAAACCCAUAGCCUCAUCUCCAGCGGUGACGAGACCAGGAAACGCAAUAAGCAGAAAGACCUUGCACUGCGCUACACAUCCCUUGGCGAGGCUGCGAAGAGCCUAGACAGUGCCUCCCUCGACCUUGCCGGCAAGACUGAGGUCGAUCAGCUGAUAUUGAGACUUGGUGAGGACUGCGUUCUCGAAUCCACCGAGCUAUGGCAGCAGCUUGAUGCACUGAAGCUAGAGGAUAAGACGACUGGUCUCAAGCGUCUGGUUGAUGGUACUAAGAAGGCUGCCAAAGGACUUUCACAAGCGAAGGAGAUACUCCAACGUCGAACGCGACUACAAGAGCUUAACUCUCAGCUGUCUACAGCAAUCUUGCAGUCACUUUAUGCCAAGCAGGAACUUCUUACCGCCCCUGGGAUUAGUGUGCUGCAUGCCGUAAAUCAGAGUAGUCGGGAUCCACUGGAUCAGAUAGCCACGCUUCGACGAGAACACCAAACGCUGGCAGUCCAGACUCAUCGCAUUCUAGACAGCCUGCAUUUUGAUGCCAUUCAGUCACGGGAGAUAUCUGUGCAGCAAGCUUACCAUGGGACUUACACAUGGGCCAUUACUGACGAUAAGUCGGCACUGAAGAAAUGGUUGCGCAGUGGAGAAGGCGUCUUCUGGGUACAAGGCAAGGCAGGAUCAGGAAAGUCGACAUUGAUGAAGCACGUCGCAACAUCCUUACAUACGAAAGCUAUGCUGAGGGAGUGGUGUGGCCAGGCAGAGCUCGUGACUACAAGCUUCUACUUCUGGUAUGCUGGCACAACGUUACAAAAGUCGAUUACGGGUCUGUUGCGGAGCAUUCUGUAUCAAAUCAUCGGCAACGACAAGGACCUUGCUCAGCUUGUCUUCCCAGACUCGUUCGACAUGGAGGUUGACGAGGAUCUGGUCAAGGGAACGCGAUCCUACCGCACGAGUCGCAUCGUAUGGUCGCAUGUAGAGCUGGUGGAUGCUCUGAUCAAACUCAUACAGUGCAGCCAUGGCAUUGACAAGGCGAAGCGCUUCUGCUUCUUUAUUGAUGGCCUGGACGAGUUUCAGGGAGACCAGAUGCAACUGAUCAGCCUCCUUCGUGGUCUUGCUGCAAUCGAUGGUGUCAAGCUGUGUUUAGCAAGCCGUCCUUGGAAUGCUUUUAGCACUGCUUUCGAGACUGGUCCGAACCUGCGACUUGAGGCGCUCUCCCGACCAGACAUUUUGCGAUAUGUAGAAGGACAUGUACGUACUGCUAUGACCGGACACGUUAUUGGCGAGGCCACACAAGAAGCACAGGACUCCGACGCUCCUUGCAAAAUCAUAGUCGAGAAGGCGGAAGGCGUCUUCUUGUGGGUGUACUUGGUUGUUCUGUCUGUUAUUCGUGGUCUAGCAGAAGGAGACAACUUCUCCAUGCUACUCUAUCGAGUCGAGCAGUUCCCUCCGGACUUGGAAGAUUUUUUCCGUAAUAUUCUAGAUCGAGUGGACAGUAUAUAUGCUGCUCAAACAAGCCAAGCACUGAAACUUGCGUAUAUGUACGCUGUUGAUGCCGAUCACGGUGGAAUGGCAUACAGUGUCUCCCACUUUGUCGACUACUGGUUGAUUCGCCAGAGUCCUAAAGGGCUCUCGGAUCCUCAGUUCCCAUACAAGACCUAUGUAAGACGACUUUCGCCUGACCAGAUCGCGACGAUGAAGAAGGAAACAAGAAGCAUGCUGCGAGCCGCUUGCAAGGACCUCUUGAUGUUGCCUGAGGACGAUAGCCCUGAAAGUACCACCGACGUGGCCUGCCACAGAGUACAAUUUCUUCAUCGAACCGUCUUCGAUUUUUUAUCGAGCGACGAGAUGCAGCUUCGCUUGACUCGACAAGUGCCCACGCAUUUCAAAUCAGAAAGCAUAUUCUACUUGCUCAACUUGGCACGCAUGAAGUGGAGCAUUUCCACCCUUGACGCAUUGCCACUGCACCGGAUCUGGCGUGACACGUCAAUCAUGUCGCUAUCGUCGGCCCAUGCGGAGCUGAACGUGUCUUACGCUGCAGAAUUCGAGAAAGCACUACUCGCAACUGCGCUUGCUUUCGAGUCGACCCCCCCGAGUGUGCUCAGUGGGCUCAUAGCGUUCCGACAGCGAGAUUGGGCUCUGGGUGUGGUCGAGCUCGACAACUCAGGCUAUAUGGACCUAGAACUUGACGACAGGAGGCUCAUACUCCUUGCUGCACUUGGUGAAGAUGGGAGGAAUAAGUUCGACCUGUGCCAAGUCGACAUCAUGUUAAUCAGAUCCCUAUUGGAGUCUAAUUACUGGAUGCUCUCCUUCCACGAGCCUAACGAUCCGCCAGGCAGAUUGGAGCUAUCGAAACAAGAGAGUGCCUGGCAGAUCUUCGGGAACAAAUGGAAAGCCCAACAUCCCUGCACUUGCCCAACCGAACAGGAUCGAGAGAGUCACUUACGAGGCACAUGGGAGAUUGCAAAGCUGCUUUUGAGAGAUGCACCCAGCAGCAAAGUGUUCGAUCCAAAACAUCGACAGAUCGCAGAUUUCAUGUUAAGCGUAGUCCCUCACGGGUGGUUGCUCAAGUGCGGAGCGACGAGGUCAUGGCUGCAGCAAAUGCACAAGAGCAAUGAGCGUGACUAA